CAUUGCUUUUCUUUUAAAGACUCGACACAUGUAUUCCAUGAUUAUGUGACUGACUACGACCGGCUCAUUGUCUCACAUACUCAGUUCGUUCCUAAACCUCCUGCACUUGAUGUCUUUGCCUCACAAUGGGCCUCGGUAUCCUUGAUGACCACCACCUUGAGCACGUACCAGGUACUGCGCUGGUACUCGAAGAUGACCGACGCAGAGACGAAGAGCAGAACGCAGCGCGCAAUGCGAACCUGAAAUAUGACCGCACCGGCAAAAUCCUGCUCGUGCCGCAGCCUUCAGAUGAUCCCAAUGACCCACUCAACUGGCCAUUAUGGCAACGGGACUGCAUCGUCUUCGUCCUGUCCCUUCUCUCUGUCAUAGCGGCCACGCUGUCCCCACUCCUGGCCGCCGAUACCGUUUCCCUCGCCAUAUACUUCCGGCGCAACUUCACGGACAUGGCGCUCUUGACCGGCUAUCAUCUUCUCGGCGUGGGGCUCGCAGGCUUCCUCUUCGUCCCCAGCGCGCGCAUCUGGGGUAAACGGCAUCUAUACCUCCUUGGUACUGUGAUUGUGAUAUUCAGCAGCGCAUGGGGCGGGGGCAACGGACGGUCAUACAAGUCGCUUCUAUGGGCGAGGAUAUUCCAAGGCAUAGGUCUUGCGCCCUUUGAAGCGCUAGUCAAUGCCAGCGUAGGCGAUCUGUAUCAUGUUCACGAGCGGGGUGUACGAAUGGCGCUGUCGAAUCUGGCGCUGUUCGGAGGCGCUUUCUUCACGCCCGUGCUGGUGGGCAAGAUUGCGGAUACCAUGGGCUAUCAGUGGACAUUCUACUUCGUUGCCAUAUUCGCUGCGGCCAUGCUGCCUUUGCUGAUUUUCUUCGUGCCGGAGACGAGCUACAGGAGGGAAGAGAUAUUCGAUAUCGAUACAAUGGGAAACUUGAUCACGAGAGAAGGGAAUAACGGGGGUUUAAAUGACACAACGGCCAGCAGGUCUGAGGCGGCAAGUGGUGAGACUGAUCGAAUCGGUGUCGAAGAAGGGAAGACGGAGGGCUCCUCCAGUACCUCAGAACCGCAACCGACUACUGCUGCCACCCGUCCGCCGCCACCAGCGAAAGCGACUUGGAAGCAGAGUCUGAUGCCUUUCAAUGGCCGCAAAACCGACGAACGGUACCUCCAUCUCUUGCUCCGACCCUUCCCCCUAUUCCUCCACCCAGGAAUACUAUGGGCUUGCCUCAUCCAAGGCACCCUAAUCGGCUGGACCGUCAUGAUCGGCGUGGUGCUCGCGGGAAUCAUGCUCGGCCCACCCCUCUGGUUCGGCGAAGUCGAGACAGGCUACAUGUACACGGGGGCCUUCAUCGGCGCGAUCCUAGGCUUCAUCCUGAGCGGCCUGAUGUCCGACUCGUCGGCCCGCCUCCUGACCCGCUGGAACCACGGCGUCUACGAGCCCGAGUUCCGCAUGAUACUCGUCGUCCCGCAGCUCGUGCUCGGGUGCGCGGGCCUCUACGGCUUUGGGUGGACCGCCAGCGACGCGGUCAAGUAUGGGUGGUUUUGGCCGGACUUCUUCUUCGCGCUGGAGGUCAUGGGGAUGGUGUGUGGUGCUGUUGCCAGUGCUCUUUACAUCGUCGAUGCGCAUAGAGAUAUGUCCGUCGAAGGCUUCACCUGCCUCCUCGUGUUCAAGAACCUCUUCUCCUUUGGCCUCACGUUCAAGGGCUUCGACUGGAUCAUCGCAGGCCGCAUAAAGCCCGUCUUCAUGAUCCUGGCAAGCGUCCAGGUCGGCAUUUGUCUUUUGACUGUUCCCAUGUACAUCUUCGGCAAGAAGAACAGGAGUUUCUUCUACAGGCAUAACGUCUUUUUCCGAGCUACGGAUUGGAUCGCGGAUCGUUUGACUUUCUGGUGA